AUGGAUAACGCGGAUGCGAUGGCAUUUGUGGCCACCGACCAUGGAGUUGUUAUAAAGGCUUCCGAUGUUUCGGAGAGGCGAGCAGUAUCUAUUGAUGCUGAUACAGAAAGUCCUUCGUCUGACGACGAAAUGUUGACUCCGCCCGUAUAUAACUAUGCCAGGGCCAUUUCAUGGUCUCGGUCUGCGGAGGAUGUCUUCAAUGCUUUUCGAAUAGCCUCCAACAAUGCCAAAUUACACAGACCGGUCAUGAUUGGUGCUACAUGGAUGAACUCGAAUAGGAGGAACUUUAUUGAGCCCGGCAACAGGAAGGGCAACGCAUCUGAAGUCAAUGCUUAUUGCAGACUUCCUCGAUACACGGUACGAAGCCCCUGGGCGACAGGGAUGUUCUUUCGCAUGUUCGUGGCCUCGCUGCUGCCACUAGCUUUGCAAUGGGCAACAACUGGAUCUGCGGUAAUAGUUGUGUAUCUAACUCCAACUGUUGGCCUUGGUUGUAGAUCCCUUGGUUACCUCAUCUAUGGCGCACUUGCAACGGUAGUAUGGGCAAUGCUCGUUAUGUCGAGCAUCCUGUCGCACUACGCAUUCUCAUACUCGGACAGACCCAGGAGUUAUUUCUCAUCUACCACCCUCGGGCUCGUAAAACUAGCAUCAAACCUUUUGAGAUGGGGAGGGAAGUUGGUGGCAAUCGUCAAUGCAAUUUGGAUCAUUGCGGCGGGGAUGCUGCAGUUUACAGAUAUCUAUGAUAACUGUUACUGCAACUCAAGUGUGUUGGGGAGAGGGGCCCAAUAUGCUUAUGACAUUGUCUUAUUCGAUGGUGUAAACUUAGAUCAAACCAGAGCUGCUUGGUUCGGAGCGUUGGCUUUGGCCGGGUCUACCUCUUUGGGAUUCAUUUUUUACAUGAGUUUAUUGACUGAUCUCGUACCUAUAUGA